GAAGAUAUCAAGACCGCAUUGAGGAAGCAUUUUGAGUCAAGUGGAUGUGAAGUCACUAGGGUUUUUGUUCCCAUAGAGUGUCAAACCGGUACUCCCUUAGGAUUUGCUUUCAUUGAUGUGGAUGAUGAACAAAAGGCCAUGGAACUCGGUAGAGGUUACAUGGGAGGAUGCAGGAUUUUUGUUAUGAUGGCUACAAAUCAACCGGAAUACUAUAGUUUCCCUAACUUUAGUGGGUGUGCACAUUGUGGUACUUUUCUUUUGGAGCGCCGUAUGGAAAGAUUCCUCGCUAGGGGGCGUUGC